CAAUCCUGACUUUUUUAUCCUUUGUAAGCAAAAAAAAAGUAUUUUGCACUUCUGGCCGUUUGCGUGUAGUCGUUCUUGCACAGUCUGCAUCAUCCACGUUUAUCAGCCUGGAUGGGAGAAACGGCUCCUGAGUAAAAAAAAGUAGCUUCCUCCGUCCAGCGGGGGGCGCGGGCUCGGCUCCGCGGCGGAAGUGGAGCGACACAAAGGCAGCGUUAGCUCCGGGCUAAAGCUAAAGCCACUUUGUGCAGAAAUGUCGGAUAAGGGUCAGAUUUUCCGCGCGCUGGUGACGGAGCGGCUCAGCGCGGCGGCGGAGGAGAUCUGCGCGCUGUUCGAGAGAACCGUGGCGGAGUACGAGGAGGAACUGUGGCGCUCCAAACGAGAGGAGAGCCGCAGGAGGGAGCCGAGGACCCCGCGGCUCCUCCUGCAGACCGGAGCCGCGGAGGAGCUGCGCUCUCCGGGCUCACGCGCCGACGUCCCGCGGCCGCACGCGCCCUCAGACGUGAAGGUGAAAUCUGCCACAGAAGAAGAAGAGGAAGAGGAGGAGGAGUGUCGCGGGUACGAUGAAAAUGACACUCAGACGACCAUCAUCAAAGAAGAGUUCAUCAAACAGGAGGAAGAGGAGCAGCUGCAGGACUUCAGCUUCUUCUCCGGGAAGAACGACGAGGACGGCGAGCACACGGACCACGAGGACGACUGGGAGGCGCCGUGCAGCAGCUCGUUCCGGCGCGGCGAGGCCGAGCCCGAGGUGGACUACUUCAGUCAGGUGUACAUGCAGGCGCUGGAGCGCAGCGGGCAGAACCCCAACAGGACGCCCGCCGCCAGGCAGCCCAAGUGCCCCGAGUGCGACCAGGAGUUCGACCUGAAGGAGGAUCUGCAGACGCACAUGCUGGAGGUGCACGGAGGAGACAAACCCAUCAGCUGCCCCGUCUGCGCCCGAACGUUCACGCGCAACGGCUCGCUCAAGCUGCACAUGGCCAUGCACAUGCACGAGAAACCGUACAGCUGCCCCGUGUGCAACCGCGGCUUCACGCAGAAGGGGAACCUGCGCUCGCACAUGGCGCAGCACACGGGCGAGAAACCGUUCAGCUGCUCCGAGUGCGACGCUCGUUUCCCCAUCAAGAGGACGCUGCUGCGCCACAUGAAGCUGCACACGGGCGAGCGGCCGUACAGCUGCCCGUACUGCGACAAGAGCUUCACGCGCAAAGAGCACGUGCGCUUACACAUGGCCGUGCACACGGGUCAGGCCACGCCCAAAAAACGCCGCGUGAUGCCCACGAGGAGUGAGCGCGACGGAGCCGACACGUCCAACGACUCCAGCGGCGCCGGGUUCUACGGGGGCGGAGCCAACGAAUAACGCGCAGGACGCCAUGAACGCCACGAACGCCACGAACGCCACGAACAUCAUGAACAUCAUGAACAUCAUGAACAUCAUGAACAUCAUGAACAUCAUGAACGCAGAGGGAGCAGAGACGAGAUGAUUCGUCAGCUCCUGUGUCUUUGUGUCAUGAGUCUAAAAUAAGUUUUCGUGUAAAGGCCAAAGGCAGAAACCGACAUGUGGGUCAAUCUGUGUGAAAUCAGCCCCCCCCCCCCCCCCCCAUGAUCCGUCUCAGAUUUGGCUGAAAAUAUUUCCAAAAAUGACCAAGUGAAAGAAUCUCAAAUUUUAUCUCAGUCCCUCGAGUUGUUCCUGAGUUUUGGCGGUGAAAUGUUGGGGCCAUGUUCACUUUUUCUGAAACAUUAAAGUAUAAACAUGUUUGAGACCAGAACUUCAUCAACAAUAGAACUAGGAACUAGGAAACUGAACAUUUGAGUUAUUGUAGAUUCUUGGUUUGGUUGUCACUCAAUUUUUUUUCAAGUUUUUGAGCUCCAAGAUCUAUUUCCUCCAAGCAGAUCUUUACAAACUGAACCUGAAUAUUUGACAGAAUGAACAUUUUUGACACAAAUCUCUCACUGUUCUGAGUUUUCAUGUGGACGGUGUCGAGUCUCAGUCCAGGUUUGAUCUUUUUGGCUCCUUUUUUAGAGCUUCGGUUCCUCAUGUGACACAGUUCGAUGUUGAUCAAACUUGUACCAGAGAAACUUUGUCAGAUUCAGAUUAUUUUAAAGUCAUAAAAACAUUGACUAUUAACUUCCUUCAUUUCAAACGGAAUUUUUGAAAAUGAGUCUUGUGGGUCAUUUUUGGUGGAGCUCAGGGACUUUUCCACCUGAUACAAAACUUAAAUUAUCUUUAAUAAACUUAAACAGUAUUUGUUUGUUCUAAGUGAAGACAGUUGGAGAUUAUUUGUGGUACUUUGUUUGUGACGGUCAAAACUCAGGAACGAUUCAAGGGACUGAGCUAAAAUUUGAGAUUCUUUCAUUUGGUGAUUUUAGAAUUCUUUUUAAAAAAAUUUUCAGCCAAAUCUGAGACGGAUCUUGGAGGAGAUUUCUUGAAAACAUCUGAUUUCACACGGACUGACCCAUGAUCAUUAUUUGUUUGAUUUUGUCCAGACUUUCAUCUGUUAUAAGAAAAAAACUCGAGUCGUGAUGAGUUUGUUUAAAUGAUCCAGAAGAGUUUUGGAUUUAUUUCUGAUCAGGAUCGAGCGGCGACACUUUUACACCGAGAAACAGUUUGACACGAGUGACUUCACACAGAACGGUACAGUCUGAAUAAAAACACACAAAUACUCUCACUUUAAACAUCACUGACGUUUAACUGAAUUCAAAGGUUUUAUUUAUUUCAUGUGUUCAGACUCUGAGCUGAGACACAACAAAAAGAACGAGGCCAGAGUUUGGAUUUUAAAAUAAAAUAUAUUUAUGAACUAAAUCACAAACAGAACACAUACUGUUUUUGGACUUUUUGUCUUUGCACGAAAACUUAUUUUAGUCUCAUGAUACAAAAGCAGAGAACAGGAGCUGACGAAUAAGUUCAAAGGUCAAUUUAGAGCUCAGUAUUUUUCAGGAUAUUUACAGGCGAGUUUGAGCUGGCGUCAUUGUUUUUAAAAGCCCGCGUUGCUGCUGGGAAAUAUUUUGGUCGGAGGCAAGAAACACGGUAGCGUCAAACACAGUGUGUAACCUCGCGUAUUUAUCCUUGAUAAUGGUAAAUUCCUGCCGCAUUAUCGGACGCACAAAUAGAAGCACGGAAGAAGGAAAAUGUCUUUUUCAUAUUCUGAAUGAAUUAAACGACUUUCAAACUAGUGACGGGCAUUCGAUGAAAUUUUCUUAAUCGAUCGUCGGAAGAAUUAACAAUCGAUUAAUCAUGAACGUUUAUAUUAAAAUGAUCAUCAUUAUUAUUACUAUCUGCACUAAUCUGCAUCAAUAAAUUCAACUUUACGACAUAUAAACAUAACGACUCUAGAGCCACAUCAGCUGUUUGACAUUAUAAUGUGUUUAAUUCAGUUUUGUUCAAAUCUCACAGAAACAAAACUUAAAACCACAUCACUAAUUUACAUAAACUAAGUGAAGAUAAAACUCCAGCUCUUGUGUCGCUGAUGUGGUUCAACUUGUGUUGGAUUAAAAGACAUGACUCAGGUGAAUACAGGUCAGUGUGACCAGAUUUGUGUUUGUCAAAACCAGGAACAGCGUACGGGGGGAGGGGGGCGGGGCCUCGUCAUCCACAUUGAGCGACUCUCACCUGGAAAAACUUUUUCCCACUGGACACAGAAACAUAUGUGCUGCUUUAUCCACUGUGCACAUGGACUCACACUUGUCCCAACGCAACAGAAAGUGUGGAAUUUCUUCUACAAAUCCUGGUUAAAUCCACAUUUGUGCUUCGGUUCGUUACAGACUGACCCACUGUUUGUGUCUCGCUCCUUCUGAUGCAGAGACACAUGUACACACCUGUUUGGUCACGACACACACACAUACAUUCAGUUUGUCCAUUAAAAUUAACAUAAUCCAUGAAAUUCUUAAGGAUCAAUUAUCGAUUAAUCGAUUAAUCUUGCCCAUCCCUAUUUCAAACAUCCGCAGAGCAAACGUAGAAGAUCCUAACAAACCGUGGACUCCAACAAGUUCAACAACACAUCCAGACUCUUGGAGGUUUUCAUCUUUUCUGUUGUGAAUGACCCAGGAGUUUCCACCAAGUGCACAGCAAAAACUGGAGGGUUAAAAUUUUAGGGUAAAUUAUUUCAGAGUUUUUAACACCAAAAGUGUUAUUUUAACUAUUUGAAAGUUAAAUGGGGGUUCGAGUUGGGGUGAUUUGCCAGAGUUGAUGUGGUUGAGGUUAAUUCAACUUCUCUUAGUGUUACUUUGGCUCCUCCCAUUCACCACUUCAAACUCUUGUGAGAGAAGAACCAGUUUGAACCAGUUUUGUCCAUAAUUUCACCUUUAAUGAACUAAAAUAAAGUAAAAAAUAAAAUAAAACACCUCUGCGUGUUGUUUAGUUAAAUCAGGAUAACUCUACAAAGUGUUAUCUGUUUACUCUCAAAACAUGAAUAUAACUCUAGAUUUCAGAGUUAAACAGGAAGUUUGGUCCAGCGUUACUUCAUGAACAUUUCCAAAAAUGUUAAAUUAACUCUAGAACAGAGUGACUCAGAUAAACACUGAGAAAAUGUUCAAAUUGAUUCUGUGAGGGUCGAUUUUAACACUCCACUUUUUGCUCUGUGAUUGUGGAUGUCGCCCAAGUGAAUAUUUGUCCAGGUAGUUGGAGAUUCUGACCAGAAGUUUGGUUUGGUCCAGGUUCUGUUGAAAAGGGUGAUUUGUCGUCCGUCGAUGUUUAUGACCAAUUUCUGGUCAAAUGGUCUUGGGUCGUCUGCCGUUAGAGUGGAGAAAUAACCAGGAUCAAUACUCUUUACGUGUUUUCUCGCUCCGUCCGUCAUGUUCAAUUAGUGUUUCUUGCCGCCGACCAAAAUAAUUCCCAGCAUGAAACGCACGCUUUUGUCAACAGUGAAACUCGCAGUGUUCAGCGUUUGGACGGCGCAGAGCGAGUCUCCGAAACGUCAAAUCCACAAAUACGUUUAUUUAUUUAUUUUUCUCCGUGAUGAGCUCCGUCCUCCCGCCUCGACACCGACAGAUCACCGCUUCUGGGAGGGCAUCUGACGCACGCCACACGCCGCACGAGAGAUUUAAUUCUGAAUCAAAAUCAUUUAAUUCUGAAUCAAAAUGAAUUCUGAUUUAAAAAGUCCAUGUAAACACUUCAGUCCUUAUGAAAAUGAUGAAAAAGAAAACCCAAUCAGACGCUUCCCCACCUCCAGACGCUCACACACGUUAAAUAAAAAAAACAUUUCACCGGUUUAACACGAAAACAACAACGAGAAGAUUUGAAUUCAGAAAUAUUGAACUCAGAAUUAAAAACCCUCAUGUAAACGUGGACGCUGCUCCUCUGUUCAAUCUGCGAGCGUUUAUGGCGUCUUCUGAAGUGACCUCUGACCCCGCAGACCUCAGAUUUGUCGUUCGUCGUCGUCGUCGUCUUGAGCCUGGACUUUGGCCGAGUCGUGCAUGUGUCAGAACUUUAGAGCGAAACUUAAAACUUACUGUAAAAAAAAAAAAAAAAAAAGAUGUGUCGAUCUUAUGGAGUCGAGCUGCACGAUACGAGGAAAAGAAUCGAUAUGUGUUCACGGUUUUGUGUUUGCGAUACCGAUUUGAUUUGGUGUUUUAAUUUACUUUUUGGCACAAGAACUUGAAGGUCCUUUAUGACCAGAAAUGGAUCCCUGUGAAUUUUAAGUCGUGUUCUAAUGUCCGUCGUCAAAAACAGAGCUGGAGUCGUGUUUGUUUCAUUCACAUGUUUGAUUGACUCUUUAUUAUUAUUUAUUAUUUCGUGUGUUUACAUCUGCAAAGCUCCAAACGCUCUGCUCCACCCUGUGAUGUCAUGAAGUGGGAGUUUUCACGUGGACGGCUCCUUUUCCGUAAACCUCAGAGAAGAAAAACGUCCUGACUCGCUGCACAAGACGAAAUGUAAACACUGAAAAACUCAUUUGUUUCUUUGUACUUCUUCGCAGAUAUGAUAUUCACAGAGCAAACUUCUCCAAAUCUAAACCAAAAUAAAUACUUUUUUAAUUUCAA